UUCCCUCUCUCGCUCUCUCUCUCUCAAAUAAAUAAAAUCUUUUUAAAAAAUCUUUUAAGAAAAGGAAAAAGAAAAAUUAUCCUUAUUACUUAAGAGAUUUGUAAGUAAUCCUAGUCCAGAUUUUGAGUUGAUAAUUAUCAUUCCAAGCUUGUAUUUUCCUCAUGCUGUAGAAUUGUGGCCUCUCUCUGUUUCUUUUUUCAUAUUGCAGUCCAUCCUAGAAAUCAACAUGUUAAAUAUCCACAAACAGUAUUUGUCAGGUCAUUCUGCUCAGAAGCUUUCCUUGGCUCCCCAGUGCCUAAAAGAUAAACUCUGAAUUCAGGAUCUUGGCAUUUGAGGUUUUCUAUGAUAGGGCAUUUGCCUGUUUGAUUUCCUGAUAUAAACCUACGGAACUUUUUGCUUUCCCACUUCUGUGAUCCUACCAUUAACCAAUUGUUCGGGUUGUUUCCUUGCUUGUAAUUUCCUAUUUCUCUCUCUCCCACAUCCUAUCAAAUCCUUUCCAUUCUUCAGAAGUUAAUUUUUCAUUACGUUUUCCCUGACCAUUGCAACCUGCGAGACUCCACUGCAUCGCCAACUUUAUGAAGCACUUUACUGUUUUUCUAUGAUGCUCCUUAUUGUCUUUAUGACUUGCAUAAAAUUUAAUUGCAUCUGGCAUGUUAACAUUUAGCAUUGCUUUAAAUUUGUAAAUCUCAUAUUUAUUGUUUCCACUUUAAAGUAUUUUGUUUUUAUGGGUGCCUGGGUGGCUCAGUCGAUUAAGAGUGAACCUCUUGAUUACUGCUCAGGUCAUGAUCUCAGGGUCAUGGGAUUGAGCCCAGCCUUGGGCUCUGAGAUGGGCUAGGAGUCCACUGGAGAUUCUUUCUCUUCCUCUCCCUUUGUCCCUCCCCCCCCAUGCACCGCGCCCUCUCUAUCUCUUUCUGAAAUAAAUGAAUCUUUUAAAAAGAGGCAUUUUGUUUUUAAAUUUAAGUUUUAAGCUGCUUAAAUACAUAAUUAGAAAUUAUGUAACAGUUGUAUUCCACAAAGUACAUCAGUGCUUUUACAUAUAGUAAAUGCCCAGUACGCUUCUGUGUGAUGGAAAAUGACUAUUUCUGUGAUGUGAUCUUUCAUCUUCAUAGAUAGUAAUAAUUAUUUUUUAUCCCUUAGAAGAGCCCUUGAAACUAAAUAAGACCCUUCACAAAGCAGAAGUGGGUUUCCUGGUAAUAUAUUUUAUCCCAAAAUGACAACAGAAUCAAAGAACGCUACAGCUCAGAAUCUUCAGGAGAAUGAAGGACUUAUGAUAGUGAAGAUAGAAGAGGAAGAUUUUGUCUGGAGGCAGGACACUUGCCUCCAGAGAAGUGAUCCCCUCAGGCAGGAGCUCUGCCGACAGCUUUUCAGGCAGUUCUGCUACCAGGAUUCCCCUGGACCCCGUCUGGCCCUGAGCCGGCUCCGAGAGCUCUGCCAUCAGUGGCUACAGCCUGAGACCCACACCAAGGAACAGAUCCUGGAGCUGCUGGUGCUGGAGCAGUUCCUGACCAUCCUGCCUGAGGAGCUCCAGGCCUGGGUGCGGGAACAUGGCCCAGAGAAUGGAGAGGAGGUGGUUACCAUCCUGGAAGAUUUGGAGAGAGGCACUGAUGAAGCAGUAGUCCAGGUUCCAGUCCAUGCACAUGGACAAGAGAUAUUCAGGAGAAAGGUGGUGCCUCCUGGACCAGCAUUUAGUGUCCAAUUGCAGCCAGUGGACCCCAAGGCCCUUCAUGGUUCUUCAGCACCCCUUCUGCUGGACAGUGAUAAUGAGAGUGAAAACAACAGAUCGAUGCCAAAGUUGGACGUUUAUGAAAAGAUGGAAUCACAGAGGAUUCUAUCAGGAAGAAUUUCAGUCAUGUCAGAAGGAUCUGCUGAGCCUCAAGACAUCUGUAAGUCUGCAAGCAGGUUAAAGAAGCAGUGGGGAAAAGAAUCAGGGGGGUCUCAGAGACCAGCAUCUGUGCAGGAUGGAGGUUUUAGUAAAAUCCUUACUCAUAAAAAUACACUUACAGGUGACAUUAGCCAUGAUGGUUGUGAGAGAAACUUAAACCUGAAUUCAAGUGAAUUGACACACCAGACAUCUUGUAAACGCAGUACCUAUGACCAAAGUUUCAAAUGGAAUCCAGAUUUUAUUAAGCAUCAAAGAAUUUACGCCAGAGAAAAAAUUCACCAAUACGGAACAUCUCUCAAGAGCCCAAACCUUGUUAAAUGCACAGCAAUUUUUAGUGGGGAGAAAACCCACCAGUGUAAUGAAUGUGGGAAAGCUUUCAGGCACAGCUCAAAGCUUAUCAGGCAUCAGAGAAUCCACACUGGAGAGAGGCCCUAUGAAUGUAAUGAGUGUGGGAAAGGCUUUGGGGGGAGCUCAGAUCUUAUUAGACACCAGAGAAUUCACACUGGGGAAAGACCCUUUGAAUGCAAAGAAUGUGGGAGAGCAUUCAGCCUGAACUCACAUCUUAUCCUGCAUCAGAGAAUUCACACCAGAGAGAAACCCUAUGAAUGUAGUGAAUGUGGGAAAACCUUCAGAGUGAGCUCACACCUCAUUCGACACCUGAGAAUCCACACUGGAGAGAAACCCUAUGAAUGCAGUGAGUGUGGGAGAGCCUUCAGUCAGAGUUCACAUCUUCGUCAACACCAAAGAAUUCACAAGAGAGAAAACCUGUUAAUGUAAAGAACUUAAAUUUCUAUGGAAAUGCGAAAGAAAUAGCAACAUGAAAAAUACUGAAUAAAAAUUAUGGAGAUGAA